CUCUCCCUCUCUCUCUCUCUCUCUCUAUGUAGUGCUCUGCUGCUGUAAUGGUUUUAUUGCAGCAUUAGUGCCGGACGCUGUGGGUGUCUGUUGACUCAGAGGAGCCGGAGAUGGACGGAGCCAUCAUCUUCAUCACCUUUCAGAAGGUGUAUUACCCUCUGCUCUGCAUUCUGGGAAUUCCAGCAAACCUCUUCACCUUCUACAUGAUCUGCUUCCGCUCGUGCGGCAUGUCGGACUCGGCCCGGAUCUACCUGAGCUGCCUGGCGCUGGCGGACACCUGUUACCUGGUGUGGGUCAUUCUGCUGGACCUGUGCCUGACCUUCCUGCAGGCCCAGCCCUUCUGGCACUCCUCCCCGUGGUGCGGGAUCAUUAACUUCCUGCAGUUCGGCACCUUCUACUGCUCCGCCUGGGUGGUGGUGGCCUUCACCAUCGAGCGCUUCCUGGUGCUGAGAGUGACGGUGAGCCGCCAGCGCCCCCUGCAGGCCAGACACGCCCUGCUCACCUGCACCACCAUCGUCCUGCUGUCACACCUGGCCUCCAUACCUGCCAGCUGGAUCAACGUGGUGGUCCAGGUGAACAUGACUCUGGACGGUGAGGCGGUCAGUGUUCCUCGGUGCCUGUACCGCGAGGCUGUGUACUCCACGGUGGUGGUGUGGAUCACGUCCUUCCUGUCCAGCGGCGUUCCCAUCAUGCUGGUCCUCCUCUUCAACUCCCUGAUCGCGCACCACCUGCUGUGCUCCAGCCGCCUUUUCACCGAAGAGGAGCGGCGCACCAUCCGCGGGUGCAGGACGCGGGGGUCUGUCCGCCGGACCCUGAUGCUGUUGGCGACCGUCUCGGUGGCGUUCGUGGUGCUCACUCUGCCGCGCUUCAUCACCUACUGCAUCCUGCGCACCACUUACAACCACAAGAACUUCAACCGGGACGACUACGCCAUCCCCAUCAACGUGGUCAGCGACGUCGCCAACAUGCUGCACAACCUGAACUCCAGCACCAACUUCCUGCUGUACUGCAUGGUCAGCCGGCGCUUCCGACAGGAGCUGCUCAACACGCUGACCUGCCGGGCCAAAGCCAGGGAGCUGGGCUCCCUCUUCACCCACACCACCAUGAAGGUGUUCUCAGUAGCCGAACACAAAUACACGCCUGGCCGAGACCCCGUCUCCGUCAUGCUGACCAAGCUCAGAUACUUCCAAGACUCGGCCCCCCAUGAUCCCCCAUCCGCAGCGGUGGUCAGCAGAACCUCUGACUUUUCCAGCACAUCUUAGCCCUGAAAUGAAAAUUCCUGCUUGAAAAUAAAAGCCAACGCACACGUUGAUGAAAACCAAACGUUUUAUUUAUGCUGUUGAAUGAACACCAGAGGUGGGUCAAGUAGCCAUAAUCAAUACACAAAUGAAUUGAUACUUGGGCAAAGUAGUGAAUGCAGUUAAAGGCCCCGUUUACACCUGGUCACUUCCUGUGUCCAGUAUCUGGAUUGUGUCCUUUUAGCCUCCUGUAUUUACUCUUGGUAGUCAAAUGUGUCUUCGGCUAGCUGGACUGAAAUCUUACUGCUGUGGGACGAAUGUGCAAAUCAGCUCAUUACGCAGCAACCAAUUACCAGCUGGCUGUUUAUUAAGACUCCACCCCGGGUUUUCUGUUUCCCGCUCCUCAUUCAAAGCCCUUCUGAAAUGACUCCACCCCGGGUUUUCUGUUUCCCGCUCCUCAUUCAAAGCCCUUCUGAAAUGACUCCACCCCGGGUUUUCUGUUUCCCGCUCCUCAUUCAAAGCCCUUCUGAAAUGACUCCACCCCGGGUUUUCUGUUUCCCGCUCCUCAUUCAAAGCCCUUCUGAAAUGACUCCACCCCGGGUUUUCUGUUUCCCGCUCCUCACUCAAAGCACUUCUGAAAUGACUCCACCCCGGGUUUUCUGUUUCCCGCUCCUCACUCAAAGCCCUUCUGAAAUGACUCCACCCCGGGUUUUCUGUUUCCCGCUCCUCAUUCAAAGCCCUUCUGAAAUGACUCCACCCCGGGUUUUCUGUUUCCCGCUCCUCACUCAAAGCACUUCUGAAAUGACUCCAUCCCGGGUUUUCUGUUUCCCGCUCCUCAUUCAAAGCCCUUCUGAAAUGACUCCACCCCGGGUUUUCUGUUUCCCGCUCCUCAUUCAAAGCCCUUCUGAAAUGACUCCACCCCGGGUUUUCUGUUUCCCGCUCCUCACUCAAAGCCCUUCUGAAAUGACUCCACCCCGGGUUUUCUGUUUCCCGCUCCUCACUCAAAGCACUUCUGAAAUGACUCCACCCCGGGUUUUCUGUUUCCUGUGGUUGCUGGAUUUAGUGUCAUGUCUUUCUUUUCAGAAGUUCUUUUGUCAUGAAUUGCUCUUUCAGUGUAAAAUACUUUUAACUUUUAACAUG